CACGGCACUCUCGCGCGCGGCGCGCCUGCACUUAUUGUCCCUUCACCACCCACACCACCUCCCGCCUCGUACGGCAAAUCCCAUGCAUCAUCUCCCUUGACCGCGCGAUCGAUCGACCAUCGAUCGAGCUACACCGAAUCAAAUUAAAGCGCCCCCGCAACGCAUUGCCGCGUACUACAUGGGCAAGAAGCCCGGCGGCGCCGGCUGGCUGGCCACCGUCAGGAAGGUCUUCAAGACCAGCCCCUCCUCCUCCCUGGCCACGGACUCGCGCCACGCCAACAAGGGGCUGGGAGGCGAGGAGCAGGAGGCAGCGGAGAUACUGUCCGUCGAGCACUUCCCAGCCACCGACACGUCGCCUGAGCUGACCAAUGAGGGCAGCGGCGGCUCCGUCGCCGGGUGGGCGCGGGAGGGCGGCGGGGUGGAGGCGGAGGCCAGGAGGGCGCGCCGCGCAAUGGCGUCGAGGAUGGCGAGGCUCGCGGCGUUGCGCGAGAGGGCCGCCGGCAGGGAGGACCGCGCCGCCGUGCGCAUCCAGGCAUUCUACCGGGGAUACUUGGCGAGGAGAGCCCUGCGCGCUCUACGCGGGCUGGUGCGGCUGCAGGCGCUGGUGCGCGGCCACCAGGUGCGUCGCCAGGUCCAUCACACCAUGCGCUGCAUGCAGGCCCUCGUCCGCGCGCAGGACCGCGUCCGCGCCCGCCGCCUCACCUCCCACGUCGCCACGCGUGGCCGUCCCGCCCCCGUCGUCCCCGCGCCAGGUGCCCGUCGGCAGUCCUACGGGCAUGACCGCCUUUUCUUCGAUGACCACCAGGACGAGGAGGACGCGGAGACGGCGGCGCAGGUACGGCGACCAAGAAACAGGCACGGCAGCAUCGGCAACCUGAGCCCGUUCCAGGACGGGUGGGACGCCGUCACCCGGGCCGGAGCCUUGCGCCGGCAUGACGACGCCCUGGCGUUCCCACCUGCCUACGCGCAUGACUUCCAGCAGCACAAGAUGAAAUUCCAUCACGAACAAAUGCAGCUUGAGCGCGACGAGCUGGACAAGCGCGAGGCCGGCUGGCACUGGCUGGAGCGCUGCAUGGCGCCCAACAGUGCGCCGCCGGAGCAGGCCAACCAGCACUUAGCGGCGGCGGAAACGUCGUACGUGACGGCGGCAACGGCCACGGCCACCGAAGGCGUUUCGGAGAGGACCGUGGAGAUGGAGCCGAGCAGGAAGAGCCCUCCGACGGACCUGUACCCGGUGCGCGCCGGGGUGGUUCCGGGGUACAUGGCGGCGACGCAGUCGGCGCGCGCCAAGGCCCGCAUGGCGCCGCCAGCCGCCCCGAGAGCUCACGCCCGGAGCCGGUCCGGGUCGGUGGCGCUCUGCGGGGGCUCGACGGCCAGCUCCGGCUGGAGCACGAGUAACAACGGUGAUCGUGCGGCGCAGCAGAGGGAACUGUACAGCCCGGAGUCGAGCUGCAGCGGGGACCGGUCGCCCCCGACACUUGGCGGCCGCGGCAGGGUGGCCUAUGCUUGACCUUGGCAUGAUCACAAACAACUGAUAGGUUCGACCAUGCUUUUCGUAUAUGCUAACGUAUUGCAAGGUGCUCAGUCACGGGCCAUGGCUAAUCGAUCUCAAAUGGUUGGAAUCACACUGUUGUAUAGUAGUACGUGUAAUACCUCAUGGUAAGUUUGGAAAUAAUUACUUG